AUGCGCACCUCGCGCUUCGCUCUCUCCGGAGCCUUGAGCGCUCCAACAGCUCCCGUGAGGCCUGUCAAGGCGUUCGCCGACCUGCCAAUUGCACAAUGGUCCGCCACGCCGUUUGUCGCUCGCCGAAAUCUCUCGUCCACGCCUUCUCCCUUCUUUCGCCAGGCAUCCCUUGUUCCGACAUCGUCGCCCGUAUGCCAACGAGCUGCUGCCCUCGUCAAACCGGUCAAUAAUGGAUUUUCGACGCCUGUGCGGGUCUUCGCUACCUCGCGAAUCCUUGCCGAGGCUCGCCAAUCAUACCAAGAUGAGAUGAAGAGCAAAGGCGUCGUGAACAAGGAAGAAGUGGACGAGGAUGAACGGGAGUUUACAAAGUCCGAAAAAGCUUCUCAAGCGGCUCAGGUCAAUCUCAGCGCCAAGCUGAGCAAGGAUGGUUCCGGCAAAGGCAGGGCCGGUGGCAUGAAAGAAAUCGUCAGGCUCAUCAGAAUUGCCAAGCCGGAAGCAAAGUCGCUGGGCCUCGCUUUCAUGUUUCUUCUAGUCUCGUCCACGGUUUCCAUGUCCAUUCCGUUCUCUAUUGGCAAGAUCAUCGAUAUUGCUACCAACGAGAAUAGCAAAGCUCUUCCCUUUGACCUUGACAUCACGACCUUUUACACAGCGCUCGCUGGUGUCCUCGUGCUCGGAGCCGGUGCCAACUACGGACGUAUCAUAAUUCUCCGUAUCGUUGGUGAGAGAAUCGUCGCGCGGUUGAGGUCUCAGCUGUAUCGCAAAAUUUUCAUCCAGAAUGCCGAAUUCUUCGACGCAAACCGUGUGGGAGAUCUCAUUUCUCGUCUAGGCUCUGACAGCAUCAUCGUCGGCAAGAGUAUCACGCAGAACCUCUCAGAUGGUCUCAGGUCUCUUGUAAGCGGAGCUGCCGGUCUUGGCAUGAUGGGAUGGGUUUCGCUGAAACUUACCGCUGUUCUCGGUGUCAUGUUCCCUCCGGUUGCUGUCGCUGCAUUCCUCUUUGGUAGGUAUAUGCGCAACAUCAGCAGAAAGAUUCAACGGAACCUUGGAACCCUCACCAAGAUCGCUGAGGAAAGGCUGGGAAAUGUCCGUACUUCUCAAGCUUUUGCUGGUGAGAUCCAGGAAGUGGGACGCUACAACCGCCAGGUCAAGAGAAUAUUUGAACUCGGCAAGAGAGAAGCAUUGGUCGCAGCUACGUUCUUCGGAAGCACCGGAUUGAUGGGCAAUGUCACGAUUCUGGCUGUGCUCUAUGUUGGUGGUGGCAUGGUCAAAUCCGGCUCCAUCAGUAUUGGAGAGCUUUCUUCUUUCCUCAUGUACACGGCAUAUGCUGGUUCCAGCAUGUUUGGUCUCUCUGGCUUCUACUCCGAGUUGAUGAAGGGUGUCGGCGCUGCCAGUCGACUUUUCGAACUGCAGGAUCGCGAUCCGGCCAUCCCACCAACCGUUGGCCAGCCGGUUAAGUCGGCACGUGGGCCGAUCAGGUUCGAGAAUGUGUCCUUCAGCUACCCUACAAGACCCGCUGUUACUAUUUUCCAAGACCUCAACUUUGAGAUUCCAGAGGGUACCAACGUUGCCAUCGUCGCUCCAAGCGGUGCUGGAAAGUCUACUGUCGCCAGUCUCCUGCUUCGAUUCUACACGCCUAACACCGGCAGAAUCACGAUUAAUGGUAAGGAUAUCAUCGAUAUGAAUGCCAAGCAGCUUCGCCGCAAGAUUGGUUUCGUUGGGCAAGAGCCCGUCCUGUUCUCCGGGACCAUUGCGGAGAACAUUGCAUACGGCAAGCCUCAUGCGACGCGCGCCGAGAUCGUUGCGGCGGCGAGAAAGGCCAACUGUCAAUUCAUUAGCGAUUUCCCCGACGGUCUUGAAACCCACGUUGGCGCACGGGGUACGCAGCUCUCCGGCGGUCAGAAACAGCGCAUCGCCAUCGCACGCGCCCUUCUCAAGCAGCCCGACAUUCUGAUUCUGGACGAAGCCACCAGUGCCCUGGAUGCCGAGUCGGAAACGCUCGUCAACCAAGCUCUCGGCGCUUUGCUCAGAGGUAACAACACUACCAUCAGCAUCGCUCAUCGUCUGUCUACGAUCAAGCGAUCGGACCGCAUCAUCUGUCUCAGCACGGAUGGCCGUGUCGCGGAAGAGGGCACAUAUGCCGAGCUCUCGACCCGUCCCGACGGGGCCUUCUCCAAGCUCAUGGAGUGGCAAAUGAGUGGCGGUGAAUCAAUGUCAGCGACAAGACGCGACAACCACGUCACGGAGACGGAGGAAAUCGAGGCAGAGCUCGAAUCAGACAGCGAAGGCGAAGAGGUUAUCGACGAUGAGGUCGCCAAGACGCGAAAGGAAAAUGUCACGUCAGGCGAGGUGGUGAUGGAACGGACCAAGACGCACGAUCGGUGA